AUGGCUAAAAUCAUUACAAAAAAAAAAAAAAAGAAUGGAAAGAAAGCUCAGUCACAAAGAUACAAAUCUCUUAAUGGGGCAGACCCCAAGUUCCUGAGGAACAUGCGCUUUGCCAAGAAGCACAACAAGAAGGGCCUGGAGAAGAUGCAGGCCCACAGUACCAAAGCCAUGACUGCACGUGCCGAGGCUAAGGCUCUUGUGAAGUCCAAGGAGAUUAAGCCCAAGAUCCCAACGGGCGGCAGCCCCAAGCUCAAUCGACUAGCCUACACCGCUCACCCCAAGCUUGGGGAACGUGCUCAUGCCCGCAUUGCCAAAGGUCUGAGGCUCUGCUGGCCAAAGGCUCAGGGCAAGGCUCAAACCAAGGCCCAGGCUGCAGCUGCGACCCCAGCUCCGGCCCCUGCUCUUUCCUCUGCAGCGCAGGCUCCCAAAGGUCCCAGGCCCCCACCGAGACUACAGUGCUGGGCUUCCAUGUGCACGGGCCUGGUGUCCUCCUGUGCUGUUUGUACAAAUAAACCUGCGGCAGUUAUCUGUCAAAAAAAAAAAAAAAAAGAAAAGAAAAAAGAAAAAAAAAAGACCUAACCCAAACUGGCAGGGCCGCAGGAUGACGACGCACACAGAGCGGCGGCGACCACGCGCCGGGACACGGUCCUCUGGGAGAGAGGCUUGAAGAAGAAAAGGCUCAGGAACCAGGAAGCUGCACACACUUUCCAGCCAAGACACUGCACUUCAGGGGGACAGGACGAGACAAGAAUCUCCAUGGAAACGAGAUCAAGACGCCCAGGGCCCUGCUGUUCGGGGCAGCGGGAGAGGAGGGAGCCGCCCCAGGGCCGAGCACCAGGGAGGGAGUCAAGGUGCCUCCUGGGCAGCCUCAUCACUGACUUCAAUGCGGAGGAGACGGGGAUGGGCCUCUGGGAUUCAGAUCGGCUGCCUACACCGCGUGUGCCCCACGGCAACUUCACACUUACGGGCUUGGGGGGAAUAAAGAGAAAGACAAACGGGAACUGGUGCUGGGGACCUGCUCGGGGUUCCCGGGCAGGGAGAGCCUGGCUCAGAGGAAGCCGCACAGGUGGACCAGGAUCUCCGGGUGUGGCACCUCGUGUAAUUCCACGGGGGGAUUCCAGGGUGUAAACACGUGCAUUAUGCACCUGUCCCGAAACCAAACAGGAACCAGCCUGGCCCCCAGCUCCCGGGGCUGCCUCCCAGGGACCGUCCACCGCCGCCCCGACUGGCCUGGAGGCCCUCCCUCUCGGAGGCCUGGCCCCGCUGGCACGGGAACGGGUCCCGCUCAUCCCCAGGCGGGUGGCACAGGCACCUAGGCUUCCGGGCAGGAGGGCCUGCCGAGCCGGGGGCCCUUUGGGACGUGGGGUCUUCUCUCUGGUGUCUCUGCUACAGGACGUAACACAAGCCGCAAGUGCGAGCCACAGCUAUAACUUUAGGUUUCCUACUUGCCACAUUUUUUUUAAGCAAUUUUUUUAUUAUUAUUUUUUUUAUUUAUGAUAGUCACAGAGAGAGAGAGAGAGAGAGGCAGAGAC